AUAUCAGCAGCUAACCUGCCGGUUUAAAUCUCCCCCUCACACACCGAGCGGCUUUCUACUGUAAUGGCAAGGCUGCAGAUGCGAGGCAUGUCCCCGGAAACAGUAAAACAAUACGGGGUGAGAUGAGUUCAGUUGGGCUGUGAAAGAGGUCCGCGUCCCGUGUCGGUCGCUAGAUGGCAGAAGGAGUCCACUUUGUACUGGGCGGGGGGGGGUAUUUAACCGGAGGUCGUGCAGCCUGCUGCAGCCCACGUUAUUUGGGAAUAAAACAUUAAAGAGAAACCAUGAGAUGGCAUUCAAAGGCAAGGCGGUCGACUCGAAGACCGUGCUCCUUAACCUGCUGCUGUGUCUGCUCAUAUUUUACUCGCUUUUCUACAUGAUCGGGAGUGUUUGCUUUGGUGCCUUCAGGUUGGACCACUUUGACGGACUGAUUCCUUUUGACUUUAAGACCGAACCCACUGAAUCCAACUCCAAAUACUUGGUUAACCUCCUGUCCUUGGAGCUCACCUACUUUUGCAGUGGCCUUCUAUUUGCUGCAGUGGUGAGGAGGCGGGUUUGGGACUAUGCUCUCACUGUCACACUAAUGCAUGUAAUGAUCACCAGCCUAGUAAUGUUGGAGUUUCCCACGGUGUGGCAGUGGUGGCUGGCUUUAGGGAGUGGCUUGUUUCUGAUGAUUUGCAACGGUCAGCUGAUUGCCUACUUUACCUGCCAAAGUGAGCAGAGCUACGCCUCCUUCAGCAUCUACUGACAGACUGAAAGCCACCCUCCCUGUAUCCAAACUGUUCCACAGUCUUGUGAAGUGAGGUAGAAAGAAUCAGACCAAAUGCUCCUUUUUGGGGGGAAGGUUCUCCACAGUGAUUGGCUUUUUUCUGUUUGGCACUAAAAAAAGACUUCACAACACCACACAUGAAGUCAGAGCUGAGCCCAGUUUGUGUUUUAGUGUUUAGCCAAUAGGCUGGCAUCCCAUUGUUUUUGUUUUUUUGAGUUUUUUUUUUAUUUAAAUGCCACAUGGAGAUGCUUUCUGUAUUUUGCUCUGUAAUGCAGCAAUAAAGCAGCCAGCAAAGUAUUUUCAGUACACUUUUAAGCUGUGAAUGUAAUGGUAGAAUGAGAAUUUUGCAGUACACAUUGUAUAUUUUAAUAUACUGUAAAUGCAGAUAAAUAAAUUUACUUCAAACUGUUAA